AUGUUCAUAUCAGGGGCUAUUUUUUUGUUGAUUCUGGGCUAUGUUCAGGCACAAGAUGCGAAUUGCGAUUUCUUUAUAAAUGUUGCUGCGGGCAGGACUUAUCCUAUCUCCAGUCCAAACUAUCCCUACAGCUACAGGCCAGGAGUGACUUGUCGCUGGAUCGCGCAAUGCCCAAAUGGAUAUAACUGCAGACUGGAUUGCAGCGAAAUUAACUUACCUCAGACGCAAGACUGCUAUAUGGAUAGGUUACUAGUAUCCAAGACAGGAGACAGUCAGUUGGGGUCUGCGGAAUAUCAUUGUGGUUAUGGCACAUUAACCGCUGUCUCUGUAGCAAACAGGAUAAGUGUUGGUCUCAUUACAUCGAGGUACAGUCGCGGGGGCAGAUUUAGCUGCACUGUUACAGCUCAACCAUCAUCAACUUGCAGUUGUGGUUACAAAAAUUUGAACCGUUUAGAAGAGAGUUACAUCGUUGGUGGUGAGGAGACUCGUCCUAAUGAAUUCCCCAUGAUGGCUGGUAUCGUGUAUGUGGGAGAGAACACCAUCAAAUGCGGUGCAGUCAUCAUUGAUAACAGAUACGUACUGACAGCCGCUCACUGCGUCGUUGGCAAAAAUCUCGGUGAACUUGCGGUUGUAGUUGGCGAACAUGACGUUAGUACUGGAGCGGAUUCUCCGUCGUUGCAAGUUUUCAGAGUUGCGUCGGUUAAAAUUCAUCCUCAAUUUGACUCGAAUACAUAUGACAAUGACAUCGCCAUUAUACAGAUAUACGGCAGUAUUGUAUACAGUCAGAAAGUUGGACCCGUCUGUCUGCCAUUCAAGUUCAUAAACAACGACUUCACUGGGUCCAAAGUUACCAUUUUGGGUUGGGGAACAACAUUCCCUGGAGGUCCAACAUCAAACGUGCUUCGAAAAGUUGAUGUGAACGUCGUCAGUCAAGCUUCAUGUAGUAGAAGUUAUCCGACUCUUAGUAACAAUCAGAUGUGUACAUUCGCUCAAGGGAAAGAUGCUUGUCAGGAUGAUUCCGGUGGUCCCCUGCUCUACCAAGAUCCUUCCAACGGUCGUUUAUACAGUGCUGGUAUUGUGAGCUUCGGCCGUUUCUGUGCGUCUACUUAUCCCGGGGUGAACACAAGAGUCACCUCAUACCUCUAUUGGAUUCUUAACAACGCCCCGGCUAACUACUGCAAUGUUUAA